UCCGUCCUGCCGUGUCGCCGUCAGCAGGAUGUCUGCCGCCAGCGCCCCUGGGGCCCCUGCUCACAUCAGAUCGGCCGCGGGCCGGGGAACCACCCAGACACGCUCGUCCAGGCCGCGUCUACAGCGGGAGCCCGGGGGAGCGGGGAGUCCUAGUGACUGCUGUUCUCAGUGAAGGACCCUGCGCCCGCUCCUGAGCAGCGGCCAUGGGCCUGCUCGCCUACCUGAAGACCCAGUUCGCGGUGCACCUGCUCAUCGGGUUCGUGUUCGUGGUCAGCGGGCUGGUCAUCAACUUUGUCCAGCUGUGCACGCUGGUCCUCUGGCCCGUCAACAAGCAGCUCUACCGCCGGCUGAACUGCCGCCUCGCCUACUCGCUGUGGAGCCAGCUGGUUAUGCUGCUGGAGUGGUGGUCCUGUACGGAAUGCACGCUGUUCACGGACCAGGCCACGGUCGACCGUUUCGGCAAGGAGCACGUGGUCAUCAUCCUCAACCACAACUUCGAAAUUGACUUCCUCUGCGGGUGGACCAUGUGUGAGCGCUUUGGCGUGCUGGGGAGUUCCAAAGUCCUCGCAAAGAGGGAGCUGCUUUACGUGCCCCUCAUCGGCUGGACGUGGUACUUCCUGGAGAUCGUGUUCUGCAAGCGGAAAUGGGAGGAGGACCGGGACACCGUCAUCGAGGGGCUGAUGCGCUUGUCCGACUACCCGGAGUACAUGUGGUUUCUCCUGUACUGUGAGGGCACACGCUUCACGGAGAAGAAGCACCGCGUCAGCAUGGAGGUGGCCCUGUCCAAGGGGCUCCCCGUCCUCAAGUACCACCUGCUGCCUCGUACCAAGGGCUUCACCACGGCGGUCCAGUGCCUGCGAGGGACAGUUGCAGCGGUCUAUGACGUCACGCUGAACUUCCGAGGAAAUAAGAACCCGUCUUUGCUGGGAAUCCUCUACGGGAAGAAGUACGAGGCCGACAUGUGUGUGAGGCGGUUUCCUCUGGAAGAGAUCCCACUGGAUGAGAAGGAAGCGGCCCAGUGGCUUCAUAAACUGUACCAGGAGAAGGACGCCUUGCAAGAGAUGUACAACCAGAAGGGCACGUUCCCAGGACAGCAGUUCAAGCCCCCGCGCCGGCCCUGGACGCUCCUGAACUUCCUGUCCUGGGCCACCGUCCUCCUGUCUCCUCUCUUCAGUUGUGUCUUGGGCGUCUUUGCAAGUGGCUCGCCCCUCCUGAUCCUGACGUUCCUGGGGUUUGUCGGGGCAGCGUCCUUUGGAGUCCGCCGGCUGAUAGGAGUAACUGAAAUUGAAAAAGGCUCUAGCUACGGAAACCAGGAAUUUAAGAAAAAGGAGUAAUUGCCGGCGGUGAUGGCGCACACGUAACCUGACGGUGGUGUCCAUUAACUCGAUUAGACACAGAACAACACACACAUCGGAACAAAAGACCCUUAGAAAUGAUUUUUCUUAAUAACUGGUGACUAAUAUUGACCAGGAAACCUUGAGCCAAGAGCGAAGCCGACAGAGGCCCCUGCAGAGGAAGACUCUGGCCGCACCCCUGCGUGGGGGCCGAGUCCACCACGGAGCCGGGCGCAGGGGCCGUGUGUGUGCGGGGGCGGAGGGUGGCCACGCCCGGGUCACGGGUCCCACCCCGAUGUCAUCUCCAGAGAAUUCUGCUGCCAGAGGGGGCCUUUGGACGCUUUCUCUGCUUAAACUUAGAUCCCAUUU